UUUAAAUCUGUCAUUGCUCAAAAAAUAAUAAUGAAUCAAAAUCAAUAUUGUUAUGAAUUAUCGACCUAUUGAAUACUCCAAUUACUUUAGAUCAAAUAUUGGAAUUUUUUGGGGUGAAAAUAUUGCCUUGUUUGUGUGUUUUUCAUGAGAAAAAGGGCAAAAAACAAAUAAACGUUUUACAUUUUUUUUUAAACAGAUCAGAAAUUGAUCCAUGAAUUUGAGUAUUAAAAUAUAAAUAAUAAUAAUAAUAAUUACCUCACACUUUUAUGAGUGUGGCGCUUUUGGAUUUUUGAUCAUUUUAGUGUUUUUUUUUUUUUAAACUAUCAUUGCCCAAAAAUAAUAAUGAAUCAAAAUCAAUGUUGUUAUGAAUUAUUGACCUAUUGAAGGCUCUAAUGACUUCACAUCAAAUAUUCCACUUCAGAUUUAUUCGUGGGGAAAAUAUUGCAUAUUUUGUGUUUUUUUUUUCUUUGAAUAUGUCUUUGCUCAAAACAUAAUAAUGAAUAGUGAAUAUGUUACUAAUUUGCAUGUUAAUAAGGCCAUGUAGAAUAAGGCAUUAUCCAUCCAUCCAUCCAUUUUCUACCGCUUAUUCCCUUUCGGGGUCGCGGGGGGCGCUGGCGCCUAUCUCAGCUACAAUCGGGCGGAAGGCGGGGUACACCCUGGACAAGUCGCCACCUCAUCGCAGGGCCAACACAGAUAGACAGACAACAUUCACACUCACAUUCACACACUAGGGCCAAUUUUUAGUGUUGCCAAUCAACCUAUCCCCAGGUGCAUGUCUUUAUCACUACUUAAUAAUGUCUAUGAUGAUGAUGAUGUUACUAAUUUGCAUGUUAAUUAGCAACUAAUAAUGCUGAAUAUUUUACAAAUGCAGCUGAGAUAGGCUCCUGCACCCCCCGUCACCCCAAAAGGGACAAACGGUAGAAAAUGGCAAGCGGUAGGAAGUGGAUGGAUGGAUGUUACUAAUUUGCAUGUUAAUAAGGCCAUACAGAAUAGGGCAUUAAUCAGUACCUAAUAAUGAUUAAUUAGGAACCAAUAUGUUACUAAUUUGCAUGUUAAUACAAAACUAAUUAAUGAUAAAUAUGUGACUAAUUUGCAUGUUAAAAAGCCCAUGCAAAAUAGGGCUUUAAUAAGUACUUAAUAAUGACUAAUUAAGAGCCAAUAUGUUGCUCAUUUUCAUGCUAAUAAGGCCAUGCAGAAUAGGGCACUAAUAAGUACUUAAAAUUAGUAAUUACGAGCCAACAUGUUACUAAUUUGCAUGUUAAUAAGCAAGUAAUUAAUGCUGAAUAUGUUACUAUUUUGCUUUUUAAUAAGGCCAUGCAGAAUAGGGCAUUAACACGUAAUUAAUAAUGACUAAUUAAGAGCCAAUGUGUUACUAAUGUGCAUGUUAAUAAGAAACUAAUUAAUUGUUAAUACGUUACUAAUUUGCAUGUUAAUAAGGCCAUGCAGAAUAGGGCAUUAACAAGUACUUAAUAAUGACUAACUCAGAGCCAAUAUGUUACUAAUGUCCAUGUUAAUAAGCAACUAAUUAAUGCUGAAUAUUUUACUAAUUUGCAUGUUAACAAGGCCAUGCAGAAUAGGGCAUUAAUAAGUCCUUAAUAAUGACUAAUUCAGAGCCAAUAUGUUACUAAUUUGCAUGUUAAUACAAAACUAAUUCAUGAUGAAUAUGUGACUAAUUUGCCUGUUAAUACGCAAUUAAUUACUGCUGAAUAUGUUACUAAUUUGCAUGUUAAUAAGGACAUGCAGAAAAGGGCAUUAAUAAGUACUUAAUAAUGACUAAUCAAGAGUAAUAUGUUGCUAAUUUCCAUGCUAAUAAGGCCAUGCAGAAUAAGGCACUAAUAAGUACUUAAAAAUUAGUAAUUAAGAGCCAACAUGUUACUAAUUUUCAUGUUAAGCAAGUGAUUAAUGCUGAAUAUGUUACAAUUUUGCUUGUUAGUAAGGCCAUGCAGAAUAGGGCACUAAUAAGUACUUAAUCAUGACUAAUUAAGAGCCAAUGUGUUACUAAUGUGCAUGUUAAUAAGCAACUAAUUAAUUAUUAAUACAUUACUAUUUCGCAUGUUAAUAAGGCCAUGCAGAUUAGGGCAUGAAUAAGUACUUAAUGACUAAUUACGAGCCAUUAUGUUACUAAUUUGCAUGUUAAUAAACAGCCAAUUAAUGCUGAACAUGUUACUAAUUUGCAUGCUAAUAAGGUCAUGCAGAAUAGGGCAUUAAUAAUGACUAAUUAAGAGCCAAUAUGUUACUAAUGUGCAUGUUAAUAAGCAGCUAAUUAAUUGCGAAUAUGUUACUAAUUUGCAUGUUAAUGAGGCCAUGCAGAAUAGGGAAUUAAUAAUGACUAAUUAAGAGCCAAUAUGUUACUAAUUUGCAUGUUGAUAAGGCUAUGCAGAAUAGGGCAUUGUUAAUGACUAAUUAAGAGCCAAUAUGUUACUAACGUGCAUGUGUAUAAGCAACUAAUUAAUGGUGAAUAUGUUACGAAUUUGCAUGUUAAUGAGGCCAUGCAGAAUAGGGCAAUAGUAAUGACUAAUUAAGAGCCAAUAUGUUACUAAUGUGCAUGUGUAUAAGCAACUAAUUAAUGCUGAAUAUGUUCCCCAUACUAAAGUGUUACCAAAAAACAUUAUAUUGAAGGAAACUUUUAUGGCUGAGACAAUUUCGGGUCCCCGGCACCUUUACAUUUACCAAACUUGAGGUAUUAAAAAGGAUAUAUUUCCUUAGCAUGUAUUUUAAUGGUUUUGAGAAUGAUACAUAUAUAAACAGCCUCCACUGUGCGGCCUUUAGUGGAAAAAGUUAGGACACCCCUGCUGUUUAACGCCACAAAAAUGUCCCCGCCCAUCACCAAUCUCACAUCCAAUCACAGCCCGCUACGGAAUCGUGCUUACAUUUCUAUUGGCUCGCUUGCCUGUCAGUCACUUCCAGCUGUCAGAUUCAGAAGCCGUGCUGCUUUCCCUUUCCGGGAGACAACCAACCUUGAGGGACUCUUCGUGUACAAAAUGGUCGUUUAAAAGGCAAAGCCAUCGACUUCCUCUCCCAUUAAGCCUUCCUUCGGUGUGCCAGCACCUGGCCCAGCCCUGCCAUCACCAUGGAGACCGCCUCCAGCUACGUGCUAAUCCACGGGAAGAACGUCUCCCACAGCACCGUGGGGGCCGCCGCCGGUGCCCACAUGUCCAUCGACAAGCUCUUCCCCGCCCUGCUGGAGUGCUUCGGCAUCAUCCUGUGCGGAUACAUAGCCGGCAGGGCGGAUGUCAUCCCCGAGAGCCAGGCGAAGGGUCUCGGCAACUUUGUAUCCAAAUUCGCCCUCCCAGCUUUGCUUUUCAAGAAUAUGGUGCUGCUGGACUUUGGCGACGUCAUUUGGUCGUUUCUGUGGAGCGUCCUGGUUGCCAAGGUGUCUGUGUUUGCACUGGUGUGUGUGCUCACGCUUAUGGUGGCCAGUCCAGAAAAGAGAUACGGCAAAGCUGGUCUGUACGCCAUCUUUGCUACUCAAAGCAAUGACUUUGCACUGGGGUAUCCUAUAGUGGAUGCUUUGUACCGCAGCACGUACCCAGAGUACCUGCAGUACAUCUAUCUGGUGGCCCCUGUGUCCCUCAUGCUGCUCAAUCCCAUCGGAUUUGCUCUCUGUGAGGUGCAGAGGUGGAAGCAGGCUGGCAACGCACAGCAGAGCUCUGCAGGACUGGUGGCGGUUGUGGUCCUACAGGUGUUGAAGAAUCCAAUUGUGUUUAUGGUGGUGGUCGGCAUCGCCUCUCACUUCGCUCUGGGCCAGAGGAUCCCUGCUGUGCUGUCCGACUUCAUCGAUGGCCUGGCCAACUCUUUCGGAGGGGCGGCCCUGUUCUACCUGGGCCUCACUAUGGUGGGUCAGCUGAGGAAACUGACAAGAGAUGCUGGAGUCGCUUUGAUUCUCCUCAUCACUGCCAAACUUCUGGUGAUGCCGCUGGUGUGCAAGGACAUGAUGGACAUUCUGGAUGUGGGCGUCAACAGCACCAGCGCCAACCACACCAGCUUGACCAACUUUGCCUUCCUCUACGGCGUCUUCCCCACCGCGCCCAGCGUGGCCAUCUAUGCCGGACACUAUAGCCUGGAACUGGAGGUGGUGACUUCAGGCAUGGUCAUCAGCACGUUCCUGUCGGCGCCCAUCAUGUACGUGUCGGCCUGGCUCCUGGCGAUCCCCCUCAUGGACCCCGCCCCCCUGGUGGCAGAGCUCCAAAACGUCAGCUUCAACAUCAGCAUCGUCUGCCUGGUCGCGCUGGUGUGGACCAUCGUGGUGAUGCUCCUCAGCAGGAAGUUUAACCGUCUUCCUCACCUGUUUGCCUUAAAUCUCUUCUUGGCUCAGUUCCUGGUAUGUGUCAGCAUGAUCCUGUGGAACUUUCUGGUCAGACAAGAAGAUAAUCUCAUUGGCAAAAUUCUGGCCUUUUCGCUGCUCUACAGCUCUUUGUACAGCACGUACAUUUGGACAGGUCUAAUCCCGCUCUGCUUGGCUCUGACCUGCAGAGAUGAUCUGCUGAGGCUGCGUCCGGCAGUUUUCAUGGUUUUUGGCUGGGGGGUUCCCUUGGUCAUGGUGGGAGGCCUUUUGCUCUCUGGCCAAAGAACCGACAGCAUUGACUCUGCCUUCUUCUAUGGCAAAGCUCAGAUCAUCAGCACAGCCGUGGUGCUCGCGGUCAGCCUGGUGCUCGGUGCCAUCUCUCUGAUGGGCCUCAGCCAAGGGGACCGAGAACAGAGAGGCUACCAGGUCCUGAACAGGACGGCUGUCCCCGCUGCCAAUAUUGAGGAUCUGAGGACCCCUAGUGGUGUUGGGGACACACAACAGCAGCAGCUGGCAGACACUUCACCUGCCUGCAGCAUUAACUCUGACAUCCACACGCCUCCUUUCCAGUCGGUGCCUGACAUGAUCGCCAGCACACAGAGGAACAAUGGCAACAACACUGACCACCCUGGGGCGCUGUGCGACAGGCAGCAGCAGAGUUCCUCUUCUUCAGAGCAUCCUCUAAACCCGGCUGCGGCUGAGCGCGGAGGCGCUGACGACGACAAGCAAACAGUCAGACACGUGCUGCUCUGUCUCCUGCUCAUCGUCAGCUUGCUCGCAAACCUCUCCAGCUGCCUGUGGUGGUUGUUCAACAAGGAUCCAGGACGGCUCUACUUGGAGUUGCAGUUCUUUUGUGCUGUGGCGAACUACGGACAGGGCUUCCUGUCCUUCGGGAUCUUCGGCCUGGAUCAUCACCUCAUCAUCCUGCCCUUCAAGAAGAGGUUGCAGGGCUUGUGGCGAGGUCGCGCCGCAGAUGAGCUGAGUCCUGCGGGAGGAGCCGAGGACGUCAGGCUCACCUGCACGCAGUUUGUGCGCUACCACAAGGAGCAGUGCGUGCACGAUAUAUUUCACACGCGCAGGUGCCGGAGCGACGCCCCGCAGCAGCAGACGCCGGACCUCCAGGCAGACCGGCGCCAGCAUGAGCCCGCCCCAGACCCACUUCACCAGCACCCCCACAUCCAAAGCACGGUCCUCGGCUGCGACCUGGUCGACUGGCUGAUCGGCCGCGGACUGUGUACAGGGCGAGCACAGGCCCGGCGCUACAUAACACGUCUCCAGCAGGGGGGGGUGUUGCGUGAUGUGACGGGCGAGCACAGCUUCAGGGAGGAGUGCAAGGUGCUCUACCACUUCGCACAUGAGGACGAGACCAGCUGACGGAGACCCGAGCAGCAACCACCAGGCCAAAACACUAAGUGCCUUACGGUGCCAUUUUUCCAUCCGCCACUAGGGGAGCUCUUGUUCUUCAAAGUGCAGGCAAGUCUCCUCUUAAAAAAACAUUUAUUUUUGCACAGCAUGUGAAGGUUCUGUCGCUUUCCACAUCGCUUGGUGGUUGCUGCUUUUGGCUCCACCCUCCUCAACUGACACGUUUUGUUUCCCUUUACUUUUAUUAUUUCAAUGCACUGAAAGGUCCACAAUAUAUCUUUUACAGCAGGGGUAUCCAAAACUACGGCCCGCGAGGCGUCAUAAGUUUAAUAAUUAAAAUAAGAAAUCUUACCAACGAUGAGAUUGCGUUCAAUUUAAUUGUCUGACAAAGCCGAUGUAGCCAUUUUGUUGCCAACCAAUGGACAACAUGAAGAAUUUAGGUCAAUGACUUUUAAUAAUGCUCUUACUUAUGCAAACAACCUCUCCUAGUCAUGGUGGGGGUUAAAAAUAAACAACAAAAAUCCAACCGACACAAAAUGUCACUGUAAAAAAACGCCCAUGCACUGUAAGUAAUUCAAAAUGACACCCAAUCAAAUCUAUGACAAAGCAUGAUUGAAAAAAAUGCAAAUCCAUGUUUGCCGCAUUUUAGCUGCUUGAUAUUUCUUAUUAGUUACAAAACUUUAAGGAGGUUGUCACAGAAGUAAACAAGGUAGGAGUUUAACUUUCACAUACUCUUAAUAUCCAAUUAUAUUGAUUAUUAAUUAUACAUCCAUUAUAUUACUAUAAUAUAAGUAAAAAAGUUUGGACACCCCUGUUUUACAGAGAUACAGUAGGUACGGAAAGUAUUCACACGCUUUAAAUUUUUCACUCUUUGUUUCAUUGCAGCUAUUUGCUUAAAGCAAAAAAGUUAAUUUAAUAUCUCAUCGAUGUACACUCAGGAUUCCAUCUUGACAGAAAAAAACAGAAAUCUAGAAAUUUUUGCAAAUGUAUUAAAAAAAACACUUUUCACAACAUCCACUUUUUUAUUUUAUUAAUUUUUUAAUACAUUUGCAAACAAUUCUACAUUUCUGUUUUUUUUGUCUAGAUGGGGUGCUAUAUUGAGAAUUAAAAUGAACUUUUUUGAUUUUAGCAAAUGGUUACGAUGAAACAAACAGUGGAAAAUGUAAAGGGGUGUAAAUACUCACUGUAAUAUUUAAUUGCAUUGAACAAUAUUUUCAUUACUGUCCUUGUAGUUUGUACUCCUUAUACUUACAGUGGUCCUCAUGCAGGGUUUCUACAGGUAAUAAAAAGCAUUAAAAAUGGACUUUGCAAAAAUUAAGGCCUUAAAUGGCUUGAAAAAGCUAUAAAUACAUUGUCCAGAGGUAUUUAAUAAAAUAAUAUAUUCGCAAUUGGCAACAAAAUAGACAACAAAUCAAACCACCAGACCCAGUUUUUCCUAUUGGGGGGAAAAAAUCUGCACUUUAAGAUGUUUGAUAUUUUUGAAAUGCAAUUAAUGCUAACAAAUGUUGAGAGUUCAUUCUAUCUGAUGAUUGGUUAUAGGAUAGAUGGAUAGAAGAAAGUAAAAAAGGUAAAAUAGUUAAACAAAAAGUAAAAUAACGUAAAUAAAUGUAUAAAGAAGCCAAAAAAGAUAAAUAGAAGGUAUAUAAAAGGUGAAACAAGUUUAAAUAAAAGUUAAAAGAUAAUAAACAAAGGUAAAAGAGGAAUUACAAAAGGCAAAAUAAAGCAAAUAAAAGGUUUUUAAAGAAGUUAAAAAAGGUAAAUAGGAGUUAAAGAAAAGUAAAAAAUAUACAAGAAGGUGAAAGGGUAAAUUGAAGAUUAAAAAGACAAAAUAAGUUAAAUAAAAGGUAAAUACAAGGGAAAAUAAGUUGAAUAGGAGCUAAAGGAAAGUUAAAAAAAAAAUUUGAAUCAAAAAAAGGUAAAAGUGAAAAAAAGUAAAAGAAUGUAACGAUAUAUAAAACAUGUAGUAUAAAGAAGCCAAAAGAAGAUACAUUGAAGUUAAAUAGAACUUAGAAGAAAAUAAAUAGAAUGUAAAUAAAAGGUUUUGAUUGAUUGAUUGAUACUUUUAUUAGUAGUUUGCACAGUACAGUACAUAUUCCGUACAAUUGACCACUAAAUGGUAACACCCGAAUAAGUUUUUCAACUUGUUUAAGUCGGGGUCCACGUUAAUCAAUUCAUGGUACGUCGAGGGUAAAAGAUGGUUGUAUUUACAAUAGUACAAAAUAUUACAGUAAUGAGAAAUAUGGUUUGCACUAUAUGUUAUGAUACAUUCGUGCUUAAUUUGGCCACAGUUAGUGUCAACUUUUCAACUAUUCAACAUUAUUAUUGCCAAAUGUUUACAAUUUUGUCCAGACAGACAAUUGCAUGCUUUUGACUCGAUACAAUAACGAUCUGCAGUCGGACGUGGGCACUAAAAUUGGUUUUAAGUUGCAUUAAAAAGCAUUACAUUAGAUUUGCUGAUAUCUGCAGAAACCCUGUCAUAGUUUGGUGACCAUAUUUAUUAGAAACCACUACAAAGCACAGUAAUGAAGUAAACUUACUGUGAAAUGAAUACUUGUCUGACAUUACUAUCUUGCGUGUAUUUUCCCGAUCAAAGUACACUGCCAUUAUAUUCUGCUGGAACUGAGAAUAAAUAGUUUACCUGAAGGACAUAGUUAAUUUUAUACUGAAAUAUUAUACUGAGAUGUUUGACUAUCUUCACGUUAGGGAAGCCUUGGUUGCGCGUAGGACUUGAAAUAAUGCAAACUGCUAAACUCGCCAGUAAAUGCGUCCCCUACGAACUCUGUUACAUAAAUAGAUUUGUGAGAGUCAUAUAUUUGGAAUCCUUUUGUAUGACAAUAACUUUUAUGUUUUUCUAUGCAUUCUAACUUGUAAAUAAACAGUAGCAAAAAUCCGCCAGCAUAUAAUGCGUACUAUUGGGCCUAUAAAGCACUCCAUAACACAUCCAUCAAGGUUUUAUUGACAUGCUGUAAGUAUGUAUGUAACAUUCAUAAUAACAUGUGAUAUUUACAUAUUUUGCUCUUUUUAAGCAUAUAGUGGCAUUUUAAUUUCACAGACGCAUCACAAUGUUUGCUUUCUUAAACAACAACAACACUACUAAUCAUGGCAAAAGUUAUGAGAGACAAAAAAGACUACUUUGGGACAAAUGAUGAUCCAGAAUCCUAUAAUUUUGAGCCUGAAUACAGAGAGGAUGAACUACAACAUGAACAUAAUAAAACAAUCACUUACUGUACAAUGUUUGCGCUCACUCGGAUGCCGACUGUCGGGAUGUUUGUAUCUUCCUGUUUAAAUUUUAAAAUUAAUUCUAAUUCCCACGUAGGUAAAAAAAAAAAAGUUACACAAACUAGCAUCUUUUUGUGUCUUUAUCGCCAUUUUUGGGUCUAAGUUCAAUGUCAAAGUCGACCAACUUCUCAGUUUAUGGCCACAAUAUUUGUACCUAUAUGAGAAGCAUGAUGUAUAAUCUGUAUUUAGCUUUCACCUACUCAGAGGCGAUGCAGCAGCUCAUCGGCUCAAUAUGUCAAUAUAGCUGCAUAAACCAGUUACCUCUCUGUGAUCACGGCGCUGCUAAAAGUACUUCCUCUGCUUUAGAGCUUAUAAUUAUGAUAAUAAUACUUGGUUAAUAUUCAGGUCACAAGAUGUAAAUGGACUAUUGUAGGCAGUUAACUAAACAAACAUUUUUACAGAGCUUUUUAGAUUACUCCUUUUAGCUGAAUUGUUAGCCACCUCAUACUUGCCCUAUUUUACAAAUAAGAAUGCAUAAAAAAAAGAAAGACGUGUUUUUGUCUUACAAAAGUGCAUUUCCCCUUUAAAGUCCUGCUAUCUAACGAUUAUUUUUAGAAAUCUGAUCAAUCACACUUCUGAAUUUGAAUUAAUCACAAGUUAUUAUAGGCUUGCAUAAUUGAGACUAACUAACUAACAAAAAGACCCUAAUAUUUAGACGCAAAUGCAGAUGUAUUGCAAAUAAUUAAAAAAAAAGGGUAUCUUGAAUGCACGUCAUUUAUUUUCUCAAAACUUGCUAACAAUUUUAUCCGAACUUCCGUAUGUUUUUUGGUUUUGCAUGAUUAAUCUGCAAAAUCUACAUGAUAAAUGCCAUUACUUCAUGUAAUUAAUUGUGUAAGUUGAUGUAUUAAAUUAAAAAAGGCGCUAAUAUUUGGACACAAAUGCAAAACUUAAUGAAAACUAAAAAAAAAAAGUAACUUGAAUGCACGUCAUUUAUUUUCUCAAAACCUGCUAAUUUUAUCCAAACUUUCGUCUGUUUUUUUGUUUUAUGUGAUUAAUCUGCAUUAAUGCAUGAUGAAUGCAGUAACUUCAUGUUAUUAAUUGCAUGAGUUGACACAUUCAAUUAAAGAAGACCCUAAUAUUUGGACACAAAGGCAAAUUUAUUUAAAAAACAAAAAGUGUUUUCUUGAAUGCACUUAAUUUAUUUUCUCAAAACCUGCCAACAAUUUUAUCCAAACUUUUGUCUGUUUUUAUACAUGAUAAAUGCAAUAUCUAUAUGUGAUUAAUCGUGUGAGUUGAUGCAUUAAGAUAAAAAAGACCCUAAUAUUUGGACAAAAAUGCAAAUUUAUUUAAAAAAAAAAAAAAAAAGUGUAUCUUGAACGCACUUCAUUUAUUUUCUCAAAACCUGCUAACAAUUGUAUCCAAACUUUCGUCAUUUUUUUUUGUUUCAUGUGAUUAUUCUGCUUUAAUGCAUGAUAUAUGCAAUAACUUCAUGUGAUUAACUGCGUGAGUUCCAUCCAUUUUCUACCGCUUGUUCCCUUUUGGGGUCGCGGAGGGCGCUGGCGCCUAUCUCAGCUACAAUCGGGCGGAAGGCGGGGUACACCCUGGACAAGUCGCCACCUCAUCGCAGGGCCAACACAGAUAGACAGACAACAUCCACACUCACAUUCACACACUAGGGCCAAUUUUUAGUGUUGCCAAUCAACCUAUCCCCAGGUGUAUGUCUUUGGAAGUGUUGAGGAAACCGGAGUAAGACCCUAACAUUUGGACACAAGUUCAAAUGUAUUGAAAUAAUAAAAAAAAAAGUGUAUCUUGAAUGCACUUCAUUUACUUUCUCAAAACCUCAUAACAAUUUUAUCCAAACUUUUGUCUGUUUUUAUACAUGAUAAAUGCAAUAACUUCAUGUGAUUAAUCGCGUGAGUUGACGCAUUAAAUUAAAAAACACCCUAAUAUUUGGACACAAAUGCAAAUUUAUUGAAAAUUAUUUUUAAAAAAGUGUAUCUUGAAUGCACUUCAUUUAUUUUCUCAAAACCUGCUAACAAUUUUAUCCAAACUUUCGUCUGUUUUUUUGUUUUAUGUGAUUAAUCUGCAUUUAUGCAUGAUAAAUGCAAUAAUUUCAUGUGAUUAAUCGCAUGAAAGUUAUUGGACUUAUUGGACACUUUUGGAACCCAACACGAAAGCAGCUAGUUUGCACAUUUUUUUUGUCUCCCACAACAUCCAUGAAAAUCACUCAUGGGAAAUUAUGCAAAUUAGUUGACAUCUAGCCUCCCGCUAGCAAAAUAUCCCCUUUUUUUGUGUGAAGCGUGUUUCUGACUUUGAGGUUCUUGUGAUGACUGGGUGCAUUUGCCAAUGUGAAGGUGUGUGUCGGUGCGUGCAUGACGUGUAAGAGAGAAUAAAAACAUUUUAAGAAGA